AUGGAUAUUCCACAAACACAAGAAGACAUCGAUGUCCAGAUCAAAGAAAUGCAACGCAAAAGACAAAAACUUAUAUCCGAAUCAAAUAACAAUGGCGUACGUUUAGGAGAAACUGGCAUAUUCGAUAGGGAAAUUUACAGUAGAAACGACGAAAAGUAUGAAGGAUAUGUCAGUUCUAUUCCGACUCAUAAUGAUUCUGACAAUGAUGAAGACGAGGAAGAAUUUAGAUAUGCUAAAGAACCAGGACAAGCUUACGCUGUUUUAUUCAAUAUCAAUACGCCAAAAAACGAGCUGGAUGUAUUAGCUGAUCGAAAACGUCCCACAAUUGCCGACAGAGAAGAUGAGUAUAAAGAAAACCGAAGAAAGAGGAUCAUUUCUCCCGAACGUGUCGAUCCUUUUGCAGAUAACGGAAAAACCCCUGAAGCUAACGCCAGAGGAUUUAUGCAAAUCAUGAAAGAAACCCUUCUACAAAGCAAGGAAAUCGAGUUGAAAAAGCAUAUCAAAGAAAAAGCAGACAAAAGAACCUUGACAAUAAUCGAAAACGUAGACCUUAAACUUGUACCCAAAAAAAAAGGCAGGUGGGAUCAAACCCUCAAGCCAGAAUCAGAUCUAAACGACACGCCAAUUUGUAAAAAUUGGAACCAAACACCGGUUCAUCAAGGAACUGAAACUCCAGGGCUCACGCCAAGUCAAUCUACCCGCAUGUGGGAACUGACUCCCGAUGUGACUACACCAGGACACGGAGCUUCAAUUUUAUCAAAAAAGAGUGGCUGGGACAACACACUGAAAGCUGAAGAGGAUGCAUAUGGUUGGGUUGCUACUCCAAGAACACAAUCCGAUAGAAUUCAAGAAACACCAGAUUCAUCUAAACGUAGAUCUAGAUGGGAUCAAACUCCUUCAAUUGUUGGAACUCCUUUAGUUGCUGCUUCUGUUGUUAGUACACCUUCAAGAACGCCUUAUGAGACUCCUGUACACAAAAUUCCUGUAUUAACUCGAGGUGGAUCGACUCCUAUUGGUAUUAAAGCUAAGUCGAUGACAACGCCCUCGCCAGCUUUUAUGACUCCUGAACAGCUCCAUGAUUUCAGAUGGAUGCAAGAAAUUGACAAAAGAAAUGGGGCUUAUUCAGACGAGGAACUUGACUGUUUGUUCCCUCAAGGAUAUAAAAUUUUGCCACCGCCUGUGGGUUACGCACCAGUCAUAAAUGUUGGCAGAAAAUUAACUGCUACUCCAACACCAUUGGUCGGCCAAAGUCAAUUAGGAUUUUUCAUGCAAUCGAGCGAUAAGUUUAUUCAAUACGCGGAUGAUCAACCCAAAGAAGAAAAUUUACCUUUCAUGAAGCCCGAGGAUGCUCAGUAUUUCAGUAAAUUAUUGGUUGAUGUUGAUGAAACCUCUUUGGGUCCGGAAGAAGAAAAAGAACGCAUAAUAAUGAAGCUUUUAUUGAAAAUAAAAAAUGGCACUCCACCAAUGCGUAAAUCAGCCUUGAGACAAAUCACUGCGAAGGCUAGAGAGUUUGGAGCUGCAGCACUGUUUAAUCAAAUAUUGCCUUUACUAAUGAGCCCUGUCAUGGAAGAUCAAGAGCGACAUUUCCUGGUUAAGGUUAUCGACAGAAUUUUAUACAAGUUGGACGAUUUGAUACGGCCCUAUGUCCACAAAAUUCUUGUGGUUAUUGAACCUUUGCUAAUUGAUGAAGAUUAUUUUUCUCGCAUUGAAGGCCGUGAAAUUAUUUCGAAUGUUGCUAAAGCUGCAGGUUUAGCCACAAUGAUUUCAACUAUGAGACCUGAUAUCGAUAAUAUUGAUGAAUAUGUUAGAAACACAACUGCAAGAGCUUUUGCAGUUGUAGCAUCGGCUUUGGGUGUUCCAUCGAUGUUACCUUUCUUAAAGGCUGUUUGUAAGUCGAAAAAAUCUUGGCAAGCUAGACACACUGGUAUUAAAAUCGUUCAGCAAAUUGCUAUUUUAAUCGGUUGUGCUGUUUUGCCCCAUUUAAAAGCUUUGGUCAGCAUUAUCGAGCAUGGUUUGUUGGACGAACAACAAAAAGUGAGAACUAUUACUGCUUUAGGUAUUGCUGCUUUGGCUGAAGCUGCUACUCCUUAUGGAAUUGAGAGUUUUGAUUCGACAUUGAAACCAUUGUGGCGGGGUAUUAGAGUUCAUCGUGGUAAAGGAUUGGCUGCUUUUUUGAAAGCUAUUGGCUACUUGGUUCCUCUUAUGGAUGCUGAAUAUGCCAAUUACUAUAUUAAAGAAGUCAUGUUGAUUUUGAUUAGAGAGUUUCUGUCUCCGGAUGAAGAAAUGAAGAAAAUUGUAUUGAAAGUAGUGAUGCAGUGUUGUUCUACUAAUGGAGUGGAGGCAGAAUAUAUUAAAAAGGAAAUCUUGCCACUGUUUUUUAAAAGUUUUUGGACUCGCCGAAUGGCUAUGGACAGACGCAAUUAUAAACAUGUAGUAGACACUACUAUUGAAAUAGCCAACAUAGUAGGAGCGCCUGAAAUUCUACACAGAAUAGUAGACGAUCUUAAAGACGAACACGAAAAUUACAGACAAAUGGUGAUGGAAACUAUUGAUAAAAUCAUAGGCAACGUGGGAACGGCUGACAUUGAUUCCAGAUUGGAAGAACAACUUAUUGACGGCCUGCUGUAUGCUUUUCAGGAACAAACCACUGAAGAUUUUGCGAUACUUGAUGGCUUUGGUAGAAUCGUUAAUAAUUUGGGCAAAAGAGUAAAAGCGUACUUACCACAAAUUUGUGGCACAAUCCUGUGGCGGUUAAAUAACAGAUCUGCCAAGGUUCGACAACAAGCGGCGGAUUUGAUAAGUAAAAUAGCAAUAGUAAUAAAAACCUGUCAAAAUGAAAAACUUUUGGCCCAUUUAGGAAUCGUACUCUAUGAAUAUUUAGGCGAAGAGUAUCCAGAAACUUUGGGCUCUAUUCUUGGAGGUCUCAAAGCUAUUGUGAGUGUUAUAGGUAUGACAAACAUGAAUCCGCCAAUCAAAGACUUGCUACCACGUUUGACGCCUAUACUUAAAAAUCGUCAUGAAAAGGUACAAGAAAAUUGUAUUGACUUGGUUGGUCGAAUUGCUGACAGAGGCACCGAGUAUGUUAGCGCAAGAGAAUGGAUGAGAGUUUGUUUUGAGCUUUUGGAACUUCUUAAAGCCCAAAAGAAAGCUAUUCGUAGGGCCGCAGUGAAUACUUUCGGGUAUAUAGCAAAAGGAAUCGGUCCACAUGAUGUUUUAGCUACAUUAUUGAACAACUUGAAAGUACAGGAACGUCAAAACAGAGUCUGUACCACUGUGGCUAUUGCCAUUGUUGCAGAAACUUGCUCUCCGUUUACAGUACUGCCAGCUUUGUUAAACGAAUAUAGAGUACCCGAAUUGAACGUGCAAAAUGGUGUUUUGAAAUCAUUAUCCUUUUUGUUUGAGUAUAUUGGGGAGAUGGCUAAAGAUUAUAUUUACGCUGUAGUGCCUCUUUUAGAAGACGCCUUGAUGGACAGAGACAUAGUGCACAGACAAACAGCAUGCGCUGCCAUAAAACAUAUAGCUCUAGGAGUAUACGGUCUAGAUUGUGAAGAUGUUUUAGUCCAUCUCCUAAAUUACGUUUGGCCAAAUGUAUUUGAAACGUCUCCUCACUUAAUCCGAGCAUUUAUGGAAGCCAUCGAGGGCCUGCGAGUUUCUCUUGGACCUAUCAAGCUAUUGCAGUACACGUUGCAAGGUUUGUUCCAUCCAUCUAGGAAGGUGAGAUGUGUUUAUUGGAAAAUUUAUAAUUCACUUUAUAUUGGUGGGCAAGAUGCUUUGGUUGCUGGCUAUCCAAGAGUUUCUGAUGAUAAUAAGAAUCAGUAUGCACCUUGGGCUGAAGUUUGCAGAAGAGACCACAUCGAAAACACGCCACUGUCUCCUCAUAUGGACCCGCUUUUGUUGCAAAAUAAACAUCUCAAUUUGGACGGUAGCAAAUUGAAAAAUUUAGGGUUCACUUUGACUGUUCCCCGGCCGACAGUUGAAAAACUAAAAGAAAUCAUCGACGACUAUGUUAAAAUGAAAGUCUUUCCUGUAUCUUUAGCUUCAUAAAAAAUAAUUGAGACAAGAAAAUCUAUCGUUUUCAUUGUAGUUUUACAAAUUAUAGCAUUUUUCUGUAGCUUGCAAGAUGCAAGCCAUUAUAUAAUAAUAUGAUGCCUUUUGAGUUAAAUUAGGAAAACUUCAUUCUUGUAAAGAUUUUUUAGUUUUUCAAUUGUUGCCCUUUUGGCAUUAAAAAUAAUAAAAUCGAUAUUUAAUAUUGUGGUCCUUUGUAGCAACCCAAAGUGACCUCGCCCUUUGAAGUGUCUUAAAUGUUGUUAAAAUAAAAUUAAGUCUAUAAACGUUGUUAUUUCUUGUUUAACUUGAAUUUUAAAUUAACUACAAGUCAAUAGCAUAAUGUGUUAUAUUUUAUUAAAUACUUUGUGAUGUUGAUGUAAUUGCAAUCUUCCAUUACUAUAAGCACAAUAGUUUCUGGCUUGUAAUUCAAAGUUAUAACAUGAGUGAUGUUAAUGCACAAAUAUUUAAAAGGCUUUAUACAAACUAACCCAAUCCAAUAUAUUAUUUCUUUUAGAAUCUUAUGCAUAUUACGCUUUAAAAUUAUAUACAAUUUUAGUUAUAGUUAGGUAGGUAGGUACUUAAAAUAAUUUGGCAAUCUAUACAUUCCAUGAUACCUAUAUAAAAUUGUGAUGUAUUAAAUUUUGGAAUAUUAUUAUUGUGAUUUAUACCCUAUUGUAUUCAAGAUAGGUUUUGAUUAAUUAAUUUUCCUUUCCAAAGAUCGGAAUAAUAGAUUUCUAUGAAAUUUAUUGGUUUUCAGAAAUAGUCAAGUCAAUUUAUUGAUUUUGGAUUGGAAAAUUUUAUAUUCAAAUUUAUAUUAAUAGGGAGUAAGCUUUAAGCCAUACUAAUCAAUUAUUUUAGACCUUAUAAUAUAGUUCCCUCUGAAAUAAAAAUUGCUCAAAAUUAAUUUUACAAUAAUGUUAAAUGAUAUGAAAAAUAAUGUAAUUGUUAAAGUUAAUUUUUUUUUUCUUAUUUGAUAGGUAUUUGAAUAUAAUUAAAUGUGUAUUCUUUA